AUGAAUCAGCCAGAUCUGUUUCGAUGUGGUGGUAUGUAUCAGAAGAUGCCGCCGCCAUUUUUUCCAUGGCCAUAUGAUCCAACGGUAAACCCUUGGGUUAAGUAUGGCCCGGUGUCACCGGGAAUGGUUCCCUAUCAUCAGUAUUUUGCGCCACACAUUCAUGCUCCAAUGUCACCGGGCACUAUGGCCAACGUAUCGCCAUUUCUUAUGAUGCAUCAAAUGCAUCCACCGCCGGUCCAUCACACGCUCCAAUCUGGGGCUCCUGUUAUCGGUAAGCCCGGCCAAAUACCGCCGAUGGACCAACACCAGCUGAAUCCCGGUCAAAUCAAUGGAGCUCAGCAGCUACAGCCCCAGCUGAUGCCUGGUAAUCACCCGGCGGCUCCACCGGAAACACCGGAAAAUUCUCCUCGAACACACGUACAUUCUGGCCAGAGACAACUGUUCAAUAUGGCCCGAUCGCCGGCAGGGCUACAGUCCGUACCUCCACCGUCGGUUCCAAACGUUCCAACGGCUCUUCUUACCGAAAUGAACGGUGAUGCUUUGGAGAAAUUUGUUGCCAAGUCAACCUUAUCGAUCAACGCUAAACCAUUCGUCUAUGCCGGCGCCAGCAUCCGUCGCCCUCUGCCGCACGUAGAGGAAGUUCAUCGACCGCCGAGGGUAGUAGUGCCUUCCCCCGUGGUUGUAGCACAAGAACCUCAACCUACCCAUCAAGCAGCAACAACUACGCCUAAAACGCCUGAAGUGGCGGAGACACCAACUGCUACCGCUGUGGAAAUUACUACCAUCGGAACACCUGUCGUUUCCGCCAAUGUCGAUCGCCCGUCGGUCGAAGUCAGACCCUGUCAACAACUGAAGAAGCAGCCGGUUGUGCAGCCUCACACCGGAAUGGACGGUGAUGCUCCGGAUAUACAAGAUACAGAUACUAUCUCGGAGAUAUCCAGCGCCGAGUCAACUCUAUCGUUUGUUGCUGAACCUUGUGUUUGCAUCGGCGACCGUAGCAAUCACCCGCUGUCGCACAUAGAGGAAGCUCCUCAACCUGCGGCGGUUGUAGUGUCUUCCCCCGCGGUAGUGGCUCUAGAACAGUCGCCACAAAAUAAGAAAAAAACAGUUCCGCAUAAAACACCUGAAGCGAUCCAAGUGCAGACUGGACGAAUGGAAGCUGCUGAAGAACGACCAGUGGAUAUGAAGGUGAAGACCACCGGCUUGGAGAAGCUAAGCGUGAAGGAACAACCGGAGGUAGCCGUCCGUCGAAAGAACAGGAAGAAGAAGAAGCACCGAAAGAAACGGGUUGAGAACGAGCCUGAUGAUACCAAAGCUCCUGUUUUAGUAACGGAUACAGCGACGAUACUGGAUGAACAGCAGAAUUUAAUCGAUACUGCCGAUUACAACGCCGUUUCGCCGAAGGAAAACGACGAUCAACAACAAAUCCAUUCCGGACAGUCCACGCCGCCGAAACAACUCGUAAUCAGUACGCCAGUCGUGACUGUCGAGGUAUUAUCUAAGGAACCCGCCCUAGAGGCGGUAGAACAGCCCACGAAAGCACCAAUCCUAGCACCUGCGCCGUUAGCAAAUGUCCAGGAAUCUACGCUAGGUCCAAUCAAAAAGCCUCGCUCGCUCAUCGAAUACAAUCCGGACCAAUGGAGUCCGCAUAAUCUUUCUGGCAAGAAGAAGUACUCAUUCGUUCAAUUGCUGCACCUCAAAAAUUCCCCUCAUUCCCUGAAAAAAAUGAGUAAUCUGUCCAAAUGUGUGGAGAUCGUCCUGGGUAGAUCUAGCCACGGCCCAGCACACAUAACGCGUAGCGAUAACCGCUAUGGCAAGAAGAACCGUACCGAAGCGUCCCUAUUACCAACCUUUAUGAGAAUGGGCGAUCGAGGAGGUAGCGGUUUCAAUAUGGCCAACCAGAUAAGACCAUCCCAGCAGGGUGCAAAGAUAGUCCGCCUUCAGCUGAAUGAAGUGGAACUGACAAAAUGCGAAAAUGCGUGGCGCCCGAGGCACCUCCAGCAUAAUGAAGUUCUGAACGAAGAGGAACGGAAUACACAGGAACUUUUCAAAAGGUUUCGCUCGAUUUUAAAUAAACUGACACCGGAAAACUUCGUUAAACUGGUCAAACAGGUGCACACCUUUGUGAUUAAUAACGACGAGCGAUUGAAUGGGUGCAUAAACCUGGUCUUCGAGAAAGCCAUCUCCGAGCCAACAUUUUCCGAAACCUACGCCAAGAUGUGCAAAGAAGUAGGAACGGUGGCCGUGGUGGUGAUUUCGUCCGAACAGAAGCCUAUCAGCUUCAAGAACCGCCUGAUAACACGGUGUCAGGCGGAGUUUGAACAACGCCGCAUCGAUCAAAACAGUGCCACGCGGAACUUGAGAAUCCAGCUGAAAGCGAACAGGAAUCUGGACAAGGAAAAAUUCGAUGAUCUGAAGACCAAACUUGAGGAAGAAGAGCAAAAAGUGCGGCGUAGAGCGGUGGGAACAAUACGGUUCAUUGGAGAACUCUACAAGGCAGGUCAGCUAACAUCCAACAUCAUGCACAUCUGCAUCAAGCUGCUUCUCGCUGAGGACGCCAGGGGCUACAACGAAGAGACGCUAGAAUGCCUAUGUAAGCUGUUGACUACAAUCGGUUCCAAAAUUGAAAAUGAGAACCACCAAGACUUGAGCUCAUAUUUCCAGAAGAUGGAUCAAAUUGUUCGGGAUAAAGAUAGAUACCGUAUUAGCAGUAGGAUUCGUUUCAUGAUUCAAGAUGUAAUCGAUUUGCGUUGCAACGGAUGGAAACCCAGACGGCAAGAGCUCAAGCCCAAAACAAUAGAUGAAAUACAGGACGAAGCCCAAAAAGACCAAACUCUGAACACUACUAACUAUCGUCCCUCUCGGGGUGGUGGCGGUGACGUGGGUCACAGAGGAGGUAGUAACAUGCAAGGCGGUUUUCGGAAGGCCGUUUCAACGGUUUUCAGCGGUGUGUAUGACCAAGGAAGACUCAGAAGCCCCGAUGCGGUUGUUCCUAAAAAUCGCUCGCAAUUACAAAUGGAUCCCAACAGAUUCAAUAUUCCUAGCAAUCUGGAAACAACCCGGCUCGGAUCAGCGGCUAGCUACCAGGGCUGGAAGAACAAUAGUAGCAUGUUUGCUCCAUUGAACAAAGAUGACAGUAGGACUGAUGGAUAUGGGAAUAGAAAACAUCGUGACCGGUAUCGUAACGGGAAUAUCGUGUGCGGAGAUUCCUACCACAAGGGAACGAUGAUGGAACACAACCGGUAUAAUCAGUACGACAGUAGUGGAAGGCAAAAUGAUGAGCGGGCGUUCCGUUCAUCACGAGAACUAUCGUCGUCGGUUAGAAUUACACCAACCAAGAAUUCCCGGCCCAGCAAUGACCAAAUGCAUGACCGCAUUGUUCAGCAGCAACAAUCAACUAUCCACGGCCGGUCGUCAGAACAACGAUAUAUUCCACUAUCGUUAGGUUCGCCGCCAGCGGGUAGAAUGGGUCCACCCUGUAUGCCACCGUUUGCAAUGCCAAAGAGUGUUGCAGUCCGGCAAAACUUUCCGCUUCCCGAUAGGGAAACUGAAAUCAAGAUACAGAAGAUUGUAAAGUCUGUUAACAUCGAAAUGGAUCAAUCAGACAUCGAGGCAGGUGCCGCGAUGCUCAAAGAUCUCAAUAUCCCAGCCGAGUACUACCACGCCGCCAUUAGUCAACUGUUAAUCGAUAACAUUGAACGGGAUGUCAAGUCUCGUGAAAUCGUCGUUAAAGUAAUUGCGGUAAUGUUCGAGAUGAAGCUCAUCGUCAAGACCGACUACCUGCAUGCCCUGGAGCAGUUAUUUAAACUAGCCGACGAUCUGCUCAUCGAUCUACCUCAGCUGUACCGGUAUGUUGCCACGUUCUACGUGAUGUUACUGAACAAGCGCUGCAUCAAUCUGGUCGACGUGUUGAAUGCUGCCAAGGAGAUUCUGCCCAAAUAUGGUGCUAGCAUGGUUACGCAACUCCUGCUCCAGUAUGAAGCUGUAUACGGUAAGGAUGCCACCGUAAUGCUUUGGCACGAGUUGUCCCUCAGUCCAAACGAUUUCAGUGCCGACAAGGCCGAAAAGUAUCUUACAGACGCUAACUUAAGCUACCUCUUAGAUUCAAAAAUCCACGAAAGCUUAACGAAAAGCCUUGAAAUAAAGUAUAUAACUUGA